AUGUCAGCGCAGAACAUGGUUUUGACCGUUGGUAUGACCUGUCAGCCUAGGCCAUCUUGGGCCACACGUGGCUUCAAGAUGGCUGAACUACCUUUGGAGAUCAUGUUCAAAAUCAUCUCCUUCGUGGACGACCGUGAGAUACUCCUAUCCUUGAGCCUUACCUGUCAAGCUCUGUCUGCAGAAAUCAUGGCCCGCCUCAGGAGCGUGCUGAUUCAACUGGGCCAGAGCAAGAGUUCCACAGCUGAGCUUGAAAGAAGGCGAAAGGUAUAUUUUGAACGAGAGCUUCUCAAACACAUUACUCUCAAUUUCAAGCACGAGUUUGAAGAGCCGGUUAGUACCUAUCAUAUUUGA